AAUCAACUAUAUAUUAUAAAAGUAAAAAUUAACCUCUUUCCUGGACAAACCGAUAAAGCAAAUGCAAACUACGGUGUCAGCUGAUCUCUUAGGGCCAUAGCACACAAAAAAACUUCAGCAAUAAAACGCGUUGUGUGCUACUUGAGAUCAAAUUGAAAUCAAACAUCGCGCGAGAUUUAAUCAUCCAAUGGCAGGCUAUUGGGUAAUCUUAGUUGUAUGGUGCACAGAGACUGCGCUAUAUUGCGUGAUGCUGUAUGAUCAAUACUGUCAUGCUCCGGACCAAAAAGCGGAAUCGAGAAACUGCGUGUCAUCUAACAACAUCAUGAAAACUGAAAGACACACUUGUGUGCUAAAUACCGACGAUCUACCCGUGGGAGAAUCGAUCGAGGAAAUUGCCGAAUCCGUAGAUGAGUUACGAGAGAAGCUUGCCAAUAUGAAAAAGCUCAUGAUAGAGCGAAAGGGCACUACACUGGGAGAGAUCAGUGCUCGGAAAAGGAAAGAAACUUCUAACAUGAUAGAUGGCAAUCUCUUGUCCUGGAUUUUUGGAUUGGCUCUUAUGGGAAUCCUGAUCGUUAGCUCCUAUGCUUUUUAUAAUCUGUAUCACGCAGUACUAAAGAGAUUCCCAUCUCAUCAUACGGAACUAUAAGGAGAGAGCGUAGAAUAAAAAAGAGUGAAGCCAAAAAUUUUCGCAAAUUCUCAACAAUAUCACAAAAAAAUCGGCCUUACUUAAUUUCUCCAUCAGAUAUUUCAACAAGGAAAAUGCUGCUUCAUGUUCUUUUUGCUUUUUGACCACUUUUUUUCAGAAAAAGAAAUAUCAAAGAAAACUGUUAAUUCAUUCGAAGGCACUAAUGCGCGUUGGUGCAUAUUAAAUCUGUUAUACAUUUUAAUUUGAAUGUAAUAAUGAAAUACAAAUAUUUCGUAUUAUAAAAUAUAUAUGCUACUUAACAGCAUAAAUGUAUAUUGAUUAGAAGUUUAAAAGUUUCAAAAUUUAUUUCGCGCUUAACUUGGUUUAACUUUUUUAUGCUAAACAUACAUCUUUACGUCAAUUUGUCUAUGACGGCUUCAAUAUGUAUCUCAUUACCAGAGCGUCGAACCAAAUUUACUAUCCAAGUAUCCAAGUAAUGAUUAAAUUUUUAAUGAUUAAAAAUAAAAGCAAGUAUCUAAAGGCUCAGAGAAUUAAAAAUUUCAAAAUGCAAUAAAUUGGGCAAUGAGCCAAGCAUGACCACACUAGUUGCACCAAUACCCGAAAUAUGCAGUCGGUGCGUCCCAGCCGAAAUCACUGAGUACAAAAACGAAUUGCAAAUUAUGAAAUAUAUGUUUAUCAAUAGUACUAUAAAAUGUAUUGGAGAUUUAACCUGUUUUAUAAUAUAUAUUUUUACGGCUAUAUUUCUAAUUGUGUAUGACAGCUAUAUGUGCACUAGUGCAUCC